AUGGUUGCAGCACUAUUCACCUCGUGCAAAGCAAAUAAAUGUUUCAGACCGAUUCAAAUGGUCUACGAUCAGCUUGCUAAGAUAUGCCUUUCUGCUCCUUCGAACAUGGUCAGAUCUCUCGUCGGACCAGAAAUUCAGCAAAUCGGCGGCCCAGUUCCACAAGAUCAACUUCAAAUUAUCACUCAAGCGGAAUUAGAUCUCUUAAAAGCUAUUGACUUUAAUGUUAACUUCGAACUCCCAUUCACACACUUCGAGAAAUGGAAAUCAAACAUUCAAGCCACAGUUCCAAAUGAUCAUUUUGUUAAAAUAUGCAAUGGUGUCAUUGUUGACAUAUGCCUUGUCAUAUGCUCAAAGUCUUAUCUUGACCUACCACCAGAAGUUGCCGCAGCGGCUGCAACAAAGGAAUCAAUCGGUGAAGAAAACUUAUCACCAGAAACUAUGCAGUGGAUUGACGAAGUAAAUGCAAAAUACGGUUCUGAAGUCUUCGAACUAGCGAUGCAUUCAAUUACAAUGGAGAAACAGAAAACAUUCCAACGCAGACCUGCACCACCACAAAAACAGGCCUCGGCUUAA